AUGCCGGGGUGCAGCCGGGAGCCAGCCCAAGCACCCCUCGUCUGGGGCCGCCGCCGAGGGAACAUGCGGGAGCAAAGCCUCAUCGCGCUGCUUUCUGCCCUGCCGCUGGCCGGGGGAUCCGACGGGAACGAAGCAGAAAGUACUCCAAGCACUGAACUGAAUGACGAGAACAAUCAGGACAGCCUAGAAGCAGCAGAACAGUCUAUCUUGAUCUAUGUUGUCCCCGUCGUGCUGCUGGCCCUGCUGAUUUUGCUGAUCGUGUGUUUUGUAAUGCAUUACAAGAGGAAAAAGUCUAAGCAAGAUGAACUGGGAAGUGAAAAUGUGAAAAGUCCUAUUUUUGAAGAAGACACGCCCUCUGUUAUGGAGAUAGAAAUGGAAGAGCUUGAUAAAUGGAUGAACAGCAUGAACAAAAAUGCUGACUGUGAAUGUUUGCCUACUGUAAGAGAAGAAGAAAAAGAAUCAAUUGCCAACCCAAGAAUGUGA